AUGGCUGGUCGCGUGACGGUCUCUUCCGCAAGCAUAAAGCUGUUUGUUGUUAGCAAAUGUGGGAACUCAAAAAAAAAUGGAGGGGUUUAGACGGCUAGUAAACUAUUUUUUAUCGCUAUCUGCAGUAUGGAAUGUCGGUCAUUUCAAGGACAGUGGAAUGCUCUUUCCUCGAGAGUCGUCGUCGCGAGAGAUCAAAGAGCUGAAUGGGCUAUGGAACUUCAGAGCCGACCUCUCGCGCAACAGGAACUUGGGCUUUGAACAAGCAUGGUACAAAAGUCGCCUUGCAGAGGUAUGUAAACAUCCAAUUAUGUAACAUGGAUAUUGUCAUUAAUCGUACCCAAAAGCAUGUGGUCUACGGGUCCUACUUGUACAGAAUAGUUAUGUUCUGCUAUAAAUUCCCUUCAAUGAGUGGUCUGUUUGGGAAACUUGAAAUUCUAAAUGAACGGUCAUCCAUCUCGGAAUGCUAGAGCUCCGACUUUCGGAAGUGAAUGUCACGAUUUGACCUCUUAUUAUUCCGAGUGCCCAGUUGUUUUGAACGCGGCAAUAACAUGCGCAGUUUGAGUUACUCCAGAAAGUGACGUUGCUGGCUAGCUCAGGGCUGCUGCCUCUAAUUGAGUAACACAAGUUGAAGGGUGACCGGGGUACUGCAGGCUGCCAUUAGCACCUAAAUUCUCAUUCUGAUUUUUAGCAACAAUUGGUACCAUUAGCAACGGUCAACCCGCUCCACUACAGCCCCGUCGAUGUGAAUGGGUGCGUUUGGCCCUCCUUUUCCUGUAGUCCACGAUCAGUUCCUUUGUCAUGCUCACAUUAUUGGAGAGGUUGUUGUCCUGGCACCACACUGGCAGGUCUCUGACCUCCUCCCUAUAGGCUGUCUCAUCAUUGUCGGUGAUCAGGCCUACCACUGUUGGGUCAUCAGCAAACUUAAUGAUGGUGUUGGAGUCAUGCUUGGCCACGCAGUCAUUGGUGAAAAGGGAGUACAGGAGGGGACUAAGCACGCACCCCUGAGGGGCCCCUGUGUUGAGGAUCAGCGUGGCAGAUGUGUUGUUGCCUACCCUUACCACCUGGGGGGGGCGUCAGGAAGUCCAGGAUCCAGUUGCAGAGGGAGGUGUUUAGUCCCAGGGUCCUUAGCUUAGUGAGGCGCUUUGUAGGCACUAUGGUGUUGAACGCUGAGCUGUAGUCAAUGAACAGCAUUCUCACAUAGGGGUUCCUUUUGUCAAGGUGGGAAAGGGCAGUGUGGAGUGCGAUUGAGAUUCCGUCAUCUGUGGAUCUGUAGGGGCGGUUUGCGAAUUGGAGUGGGUCUAGGGUUUCCGGGAUGAUAGUGUUGAUGUGAGUCAUGACCAGCCUUUCAAAGCACAUGGCUACAGACGUGAGUCAUUAUCCACCAGGGGUGGUAGUCAUUUAGGCAGGUUACCUUCGCUUUCUUGGGCACAGGGACUAUGGUGGUCUGCUUGAAACAUUUGCAUAAAUGCACCGGGCCUAUUUGCAUUUAUGAAUAUAUUAACAUAAAGGGGUGGAACAGGGCUGCAACCACCAAACACUUACUGUCUAGGCCUACCUGCAAUCACCUGCACUAUCUUGUCACGUUCUGUUGCAUAAUUCAUCAAGUGUGUGUCAAUAGCAGUAUACCUUCAGAUAGAAUAUCUACACGCUUGGCUUUAGAUUACACCUAUUUAAGCAUACUUUACAUUAUUUGUGAUAUCAGACAUAAUAUCACUAUAAUCUGAAUGUUCAUUUUUGGAAGUUGCCUUCAUUUCAGCGCAUCUAAUUUGUAAACAUUUCAACUGUAUAAAAUUAUUACUUUUUUUUAAUUCCACAAAAAAUGUACACCCAUCAUCUUCUUGUGAUGCAAGUGUCAAGACAUUGCAUUAAAUCACCAAUGGAUCUUUUAAUUAGCGUUCUCUUAGAUUCAACAGAGAGCCAAAGUAUUCCAUUCAGCCAUUACAGGGGUAUGUUUGACAGGUCAUUACAAAAAUGUCCACAGUCGUAAUGUUAAAACGAGAAAGAAUGACAGGCACCAGCAAGAGUAUGAAAGAGUCGCAGGAGUAAAAUGGAAGCAAUCAAUCCAGAGAGAUUUAGGUGACAAGUGAAUUUUGCACCCCUCAAACACAGGAAAUAGAAGGCUGAAAAAGACAGAUCCUCAGGUGGGUGGGGCAUGCAUGUUGCUAGUACCAUGAUUGUCGUCCCCCAAAAUUAUUUACACGAUGAUUGACCAUAAAUAUAUAUUUUUUUCCAUCCACUAUAAUGGGGAUCCUGUUUUCCGCUAACAAUUCCUGUAGUUUCGCGGUCGGCCUUCCGUGGCUUCAAUGAGAGGGGGCAGUUGUUCACCCCUGAAAUUGCUUCCGAUAAUGGCUACUAUGGAAUAAUUCACAUAUCGCCGCUUAAUUUAUAGCUAGUGUUUUAGCCAAUGCUUUGUGUAAACUGUCAAAAAUUCAGCAACAUGAUUGUAAAGAGGGCCUGUGUCAAAUAGUUUGUUGUCAAUUCCUCCCUCUUCACUUUUUCCUCUCGCUCUUUACCUGUAUCUGUUUAUGUAGAGUGGUCCAGUGAUUGACAUGCCAGUGCCCGCCAGCUACAAUGACAUCACCCAGGACCCACGGCUGAGGGAUUUCAUUGGCUGGGUGUGGUACGAGAGAGAAGUGUUGGUACCCUCAGGAUGGGUGUCUGAGGGAACAAGAGUUGUGCUGAGAGUUGGGAGUGCACACUACUACUCAGUGGUCGUGAGUAUCUCACAAAUCUUCUACCAUUUUUUUUUCAGCUUAAGUUGCCAUUCUGUUUUGCUCAUGUGAUAGCUGUAACUCCACAACCUCCUCUCACAUGAGUUCAUCUGCAAUGUACAUGCACAUCCCUCAUUGAAAAAGGUAUGAUGUUGUGUAAAGACUGUCACUCUUGCUACAUAGGAAUGUCUUCUCUCUUUUCCUUCCCUGCCAGUGGGUGAAUGGGAUCAAAGUGAUGGAGCACGAGGGCGGCCAUCUUCCCUUUGAGGCUGAGAUAGUUGAGGUCCUCCGUAACAACCCAGGUGGGGCCUGCAGGAUCACCAUAGCUGUCAACAACACCCUGACUCUCCAAACCUUGCCCCCAGGGACCAUCCAACAUAUAGACGACCCCACCAGGUGAUGUGAUGAAGAGAUUUUACUUCCUUUCAAUGGGAGAAGAAUUCAAAUGUUUUUAGCAUUAUCUUAGCGUUUCCCAAACUCUGUCCUGGGGACCCCAAGGGGUGCACAUUUAGUUAUUUGCCCUAGCACUACAUAGCUGAAUCAAAUAAUCUCAAGUUUGAUGAUGAGUUGAUUAUUUGUAUCAGCUGUGAAAUGCUAGGUCAACAAACAAAAUGUCCAUCCACAUUGCUCUGGCCAAAAGCCACACCCUCUAGCUGUUCCCCUCACAAUCAAUGUAUGGAGAGAUUGAUAGAGCAGCGGAAUUAAAUUCAGGAUGAGUCGUCAGGCUAGUCCCCAGGACCGAGUCUGGGAAACGUUGCGUUAUAAUUUUUAAGUUGGGACUAAUCUCACAUUGCCAGACACACAUUUUAAGAUUUUCUACAGACCAAACCUAAAAUGACAGGUCGAGGCGAACUAGCUUUUGAUUCCUUUUCUGAUGGGAAAUCAUGUUUUGGAUUACAAGUCGAGGAACAUCUGUGUUGUGUGUCUCUAUAUAUAUUGUAUACAGGUAUCCUGCUGACUAUGUUGUGCAAAACACCAACUUUGACUUCUUCAACUAUGCUGGUUUGCACCGUCCUGUAGUGUUGUACACCACUCCUAAGGCGUAUGUGGAUGACAUCACAGUGGUGACAGCCUUUGCUGACAACAUUGGUGAGUGCAAAAGAAAACAACGGAUUUUCUCAUUUACUUGAUCAAGUAAUUAUUUUGGUCUGUUCAUCCAUACCCUUCUCACUCUAUCGUGCCGACCAAAACCAUACUGUACUGACUCGGAUAUUUCCUUUUCACAUUGUCCUUUUCUGCGCGAUUCCAUCAACUAUGGAAUAGUGUGAAAAUGGCACUAGUGUACUAAGGUGUUGGUCUCUUCUGCUCUGUUAUGUGUUCUAGGUCUGCUCUCCUACCAGGUGUCGGUGCUGGGCAGUCCCAACCCCACGGUGACUGUGACUCUCUCGGACAAAGAUGGCCGUUGUUUGGCCUCUUCCACUGGACCCUCUGGGGUCCUCAAAGUGACGGACGUCAACCUGUGGUGGCCGUAUCUAAUGCAUGAGAAUCCAGGUUAUCUGUAUUCUAUGGGGGUAAGUUGGGCUUCAUUCAUAGUUGCAUUUAAUUAGAGGGUCCACUGUUCCUUUAUAGUCUGUUUUGUCAAACCUUUUAUCAAUGCAAACUACAUUAAAUUAUUAUACACAGAAAAAAAAGAUUUUGCACAUGUUAAAAAAAAUACUACCCGUUUUUACUCAUGUAUCACCCUAUCCAUGUGAUGACUGAGUCACAGCUCACAUGAACAUAGCCUCAGUUUAGCAACUCAUCACACCACCCACACAUCCACUUCCUGUGUUUUUGUAACAAUGGAGUUCAUACUGUAAAAAGCCUUUUGUAACCUUUUCAGAAAGAUAGAAAUGUAUUUUGUACAGCAGAUAUGAUUAUCUGGCUGUCAUUGUAAAUAAUUUGUUCUUAAUUGACCUGAUUGGUUAAAUAAAUGUAAAAUAAAUCUGACCCAUAGAAUUUAGAAUUGUGUAAGCUCUUUUCAUUACAUUUCUAUUUGCAACGUCCUGAAUCUGAAUGUUUCACCUAAUUAAUUACAGUGCAUUCGAAAAGUAUUCAGACCCCUUGAGUUUUUCCACAUUUUGCUACAUUAUAGCCUUAUUCUAAAAUGGAUUAAAUUGUUUUUUUUCCCCUCAUCAAUCUACACACAAUACCCUAUAAUGACAAAGGGAAAAUAAGUUUUCAGAAAUGUUUGCACAUUUAUUACAAAAUAAUAUACAAAUAUCUUAUUUACAUAGGUACUCAGUACUUCGUAGAAGCACCUUUUGGCAGUGAUUACACCCUAGAGUCUUCUUGGGUAUGACACUACAAGCUUGCCACAUCUGUAUUUGGGGGGUUUCUCCCAUUCUUCUCUGCAGAUCCUCUCGAGCUCUGUCUGGUUGGAUGGGGAGCGUUGCUGCACAGCUAUUUUCAGGUCUCUCCAGAGAUGUUAGAUCGGGUUCAAGUCUGGGCUCUGGCUGGGCCACUCAAGGACAUUCAGAGACUUGUCCCGAAGCCCCUCCUGCAUUGUCUUGGCUGUGUGCUUAGGGUCAUUGUCCUGUUGGAAAGGGAACCUUCGCCCCAGUCUGAGGUCCUGAGUGCUCUGGAGCAGGUUUUCGUCAAGGAUCUCGCUGUACUUUGCUCCGUUCAUCUUUCCCUCGAUCCUGACUAGUCUCCCAGUCCCUGAAAAAUAUCCCCACUGCAUGAUUCUGCCACCACCAUGCUUCACAGUAGGAAUGGUGCCAGGUUUCCUCCAGAUGUGACGCUUGGCAUUCAGGCCAAAGAGUUCAAUCUUGGUUUCAUCAGACCAGAUAAUAUUUUCUCAUGGUCAGAGUCCUUUAGGUAGCUUUUGGCAAACUCCAAGCGGGCUGUCAUGUGCCUUUUACUGAGGAGUGGCUUCUGUCUGGCCAAUCUACCAUAAAGGCCUGAUUGGUAGAGUGCUGCAGAGAUCGUUGUCCUUCUGGAAGGUUCUCCCUCUACACAGAGGAACUCUGGAACUCGGUCAGAGAGACCAUCAGGUUCUUGGUCACCUCCCUGACCAAGGCCCUUCUCCCCCGAUUGCUCAGUUUGGCCGGGCGGCCAGCUCUAGGUAGAGUCUUGGUGGUUCCAAACUUCUUCCAUUUUAAGAAUGACGGAGGCCACUGUGUUCUUGGGGGCCUUCAAUGCUGCAGACAUAUUUUGGUAUCGUUCCCCAGAUCUGUGCCUCGACACAAUCCUGUCUCAGAGCUCUACGGACAAUUCCUUCAACCUCAUGGCUUGGUUUUUGCUCUGACAUGCACGGUCAACUGUGGGACCUUUUAUAUAGAAAGGUGUGUGCCUUUCCAAAUCAUGUCCAGUGAAUAGAAUUUACCACAGGUGGAGUCCAAUCAAGUUGUAGAAACAUCUCAAGGAUGAUCAAUGGAAACCGGAUGCACCUGAGCUCAAUUUCGAGUCUCAUAGCAAAGGGAGGUGACCAGGAAUCCGAUGGUCGCUCUGAAGAGUUCCAGAGUUACUCUGUGUAGAGGGAGAACCUUCCAGAAGGACAACCAUCUCUGCAGCACUCCACCAAAGCAGGCCUUGAUGGUAGAGUGGCCAGACAGAAGCCACUCCUCAGUAAAAGGCACAUGACAGCCCUCUUGGAGUUUGCCAAAAGCUACCUAAAGGACUCUGACCAUGAAAAUAUUCUCUGGUCUGAUGAAACCAAGAUUGAACUCUUUGGCCUGAAUGCCAAGCGUCACAUCUGGAGGAAACCUGGCACCAUCCCUACUGUGAAGCAUGGUGGUGGCAGAAUCGUGCAGUGGGGAUAUUUUUCAGGGACUGGGAGACUAGUCAGGAUCGAGGGAAAGAUGAACGGAGCAAAGUUCCAAAGACUCUAGGGUGUCUUUGGACACUGAGUAAAGGGUCUGAAUACGUAUGUAAAUGUUAUAUUUCCGGUUUUUAUUUUUAAUAAAUGUGCAAAAAUGUCUAAACCGGUUUUUGCUUUGUUAUUGUGUGUAGAUUGAGAAAAAAAAACAAUUUAAUCAAUUUUAGAAUAAGGCUGUAAUGUCACAAAAUGUGGAAAAGGUCAAAGUGUCUGAAUACUUUCCAAAAGUACUGUACAUCCCUCAUCUCCUUUGUUUCCAGGUUCAUAUGACAGCAGGUGGCGAGGGUUCUGUCUAUGAGGAUGUGUAUGCUCUGCCUGUGGGCAUCCGCACUGUGCAGGUCACCAACACACAAUUCCUCAUCAACAACAAACCCUUCUAUUUCCACGGAGUCAACAAACAUGAGGAUGCUGAUGUGAGUACUGAGUAGUCCCAUUAGAGGGCAGCAAAACUCUGAACCAGAUAAGUGGGCAGUGUCUGUCAGUUUUGUAUUGUGUAUGCAACUGACUUCCAGCAGUUGUUCAGUCAUAUUUGCCAAGGAAUUUAAGCAAUAAAGAAGGUUGAAGCGGCAUAUAAGUUCUUAUCAUCUGAUCAGUUUCUCAGUGUUUAGAAUAAAUAAUUUUGGGUAGUUAUCCAGUUUCAUGCGAAUGGGACUAUCUGUAAGUCAACAGAAAUUGGUCUGUGUCAACUGUCUGUUCUCAUUGUUUGCUGUGUGUGUGUGUCAGAUCCGAGGUAAAGGCCUGGACUGGCCCCUGAUCGUGAAGGAUUUCAACCUGUUGAAGUGGCUUGGGGCCAACUCGUUCAGGACCAGCCACUACCCCUACGCUGAGGAGAUAUUGCAGAUGGCAGACCGCCAUGGCAUCGUGGUCAUUGACGAGUGUCCUGGGGUGGGCAUCAAAGACAUGUAAGUCAUCGCCAUAGUGACAGUUGCAGUUUCUGUGACCUCUGAAGGGUCAGUUAAAGGUUAAACGGUCACCAGGUGUCUGCAACGUUUGAAGAGAACCUCAAGGUGUUCUUUCGCACAAUGAGUGUGCCAGUCAUUUUUUAAGAAACACUUUUAUUUAAGCCUGUCCUUUUUUGCUUGCAUGUCUAAACCAUUAACUACUCUGUUUUUUAAUGGACUGUUAUUAGCAAGUUUAUAUACAGCAUUAAACUUUUUAAAGUAUGAUCAAUGCUCAGCCAUUACAUAAUUAAUCAAGUCAGGUCUUCUGUGUCUCUGGGACAUCCACUAACCCUAUCAUGUCUCUUGUCCCCAAGCCGUAGUUUCGGGAACGCCUCCCUGUCGCAUCACCUGGCGGUCAUGGACGAACUGGUGAGGAGGGACAAGAACCACGCCUCCGUGGUCAUGUGGUCUGUAGCCAAUGAGCCGGCCGCUGAGAUGCCCCCUGCUGAAUACUAUUUCAAGUAAGAGAAUGUUAGCAUUAAUUCACAUUCCAUAAAUGUGCGUCCUUGUUCCUUAAAAUGCACAUUCACAUCAUGGUAGAGUGACGUUCUAGUGAACAAAGACUGUUAGUUACACUGAAAUGUAAACUACUUCUUAGUUCUCACAUUUCCAAAUGAGGUAGCCCUUUACACUCACAGCCCAGCCCGUUUACAGUAUGAAAAUGGCAUAUUUGGUCAAUAAUAAGGACCUAAAUUGGAACGCAGUGGCUGUACAGUAACAUAUUAUACAUGUCCGCUUUACAGCACUGUAUGGGAUUCAACUAACAGACAUUUUAAAUGUGAGCACCACGCACAACCAGAAAAUAUGCCCCAUCCCUCCCGUUAAUUGGGCUAAUUUUGCAAAAAACAUUGUCUGAGUCAGGAGAAUGCUGUAACUCAAGAAGACUCUGUGUUCUGAAAGAUGAGACGUUGAGGAUUAUAAUAAACACCUCUUUGAUGUCAUACAAGCGAACCACACAUAUGUGAAUCCAAAUGUGCACUUCACAUUCCCAUAUUAUGAAACUCAUGUCCUUUACAGUAUCAACGUUUUAUAAUGGCUGUGUUUGAUGUACAGUCACAAGGAUGACAUGGCAUCAUACCCUGGGUUGUUCUGAACAGAAUGUCACGAGUCCCUAGCAACAGAUUUGGCCCCGCCCACAAAGGGUAUAUAAAAAAAAAAAAGGAAUCUCUCGUUGAAAUACAUUUAUUUUAGUGCUGCGCUAAAUGACUUCAAUAUAAUAUUUUCAAAUAACCAUAUGUUCUAUCUAUAACAGAAUUUAUGCCCGAUCUGUGAUGCGUUUAGCCAGCAACUCUAAUUUUAAGUUACGAAGCCGAGGUGGUAAAAUGCUAAUUCAUUGGAAAUAACUGCAUUCACGCGGGUGUCCCGUGCCACUGUAAAAACAGACAAGUUUCCUGGGUACGUAUCUAGUGUGAGUGAGAACAUAAUGAUGGGAAUUUAAUCUCUUUUUACUGGUUUUUCUCGACUUGUUCAGUAAAAAUAACGAAUCUUUCCACUCAUUUCGUUCGAGUCAGUAAUGCCCAAAGCACGCAGGACCCCCCCCUACCGGCGAACGAUGAACUGAAAACUCUAAAAGGUCAGGAUUCUACAAGCCUCUCGUUCACUUGUCGUUCACCAUAAGGGGCUUAUUGGAGCUGUCAUUUGUGACUGAGACUUGUAUAAGUUUGCUUUAAACAAUGUACAUUUGUUGAUUUUGCUAAGCAUACUAAUACUAUUGUAUUUUUAUUUUGUAAUAAAAAAAAAUUAGGGGGUAGAUCAGCUUUAAUAUUGCAGAUAGCUUGUAACUUCCAUCAAUGUAAUUGUCUGCAUCACUUCCAAUCCCCCCAUGUACGCAUAUAUGACUACAUACGUACAUAUCCUUUAAAAAUUUUUUAUUUCCCUUUAUUACUUUCCAACCCCACUACCCCUUCCCUAAUUGGAGGAAACUAGUGAACAACAACGCUUAGGCCUCUACUUCCAGCUUAUACAUACUAUGUUCUGGGAUUCUUCAGAUAGCAUUGAGGAGUACACCACAUCAGUCACUGGCUUCAUCAAUAAGUGCAUCGAUGACGUCGUCCCCACAGUGACCGUACGUACAUACCCCAACCAGAAGCCAUGAAUUACAGGCAACAUCCGCACUGAGCUAAAGGGUAGAGCUGCCGCUUUCAAGGAGCGGGACUCUAACCCGGACGCUUAUAAGAAAUCCCGCUAAGCCCUCCGACGAACCAUCAAACAGGCAAAGAGUCAAUACAGGACUAAGAUUGAAUCGUACUACACCGGCCCUGACGCUCGUCGGAUGUGGCAGGGCUUGAAAACUAUUACAGACUACAAAGGGAAGCACAGCCGCGAGCUGCCCAGUGACACAAGCCUACCAGUUGAGCUAAAUCACUUCUAUGUUCGCUUCGAGGCAAGCAACACUGAGGUAUGCAUGAGAGCAUCAGCUGUUCCGGAUGACUAUGUGAUCAUGCUCUCCGUAGCCGAUGUGAGUAAGACUUUUAAGCAGGUCAACAUUCACAAGGCCGCAGGGCCAGGCGGAUUACCAGGACGUGUACUCCGAGCAUGUGCUGACCAACUGGCAAGUGUCUUCACUGACAUUUUCAACAUGUCCCUGACUGAGUCUGUAAUACCAACAUGUUUAAAACAGACCACCAUAGUCCCUGUGCCCAAGGACACUAGGAUAACCUGCCUAAAUGACUACCGACCCAUAGCACUCACGUCUGUAGCCAUGAAGUGCUUUGAAAGACUGGUCAUGGCUCACAUCAACACCAUUAUCCCAGAAACCCUAGACCCACUCCAAUUUGCAUACCGACCCAACAGAUCCACAGAUGAUGUAAUCUCUAUUGCACUCCACACUGCCCUUUCUCACCUGGACAAGAGGAACACCUACGUGAGAAUGCUAUUCAUUGACUACAGCUCAGCGUUCAACACCAUAGUGCCCUCAAGCGGUACCGGAGCGCCAAGUCUAGGUCCAAAAGGCUUCUCAACAGCUUCUACCCCCAAGCCAUAAGACUCCUGAACAGGUAAUCAUGGCUACCCAGACUAUUUGCACUGCCCCCCCCACCCCAUCCUGCUCUUUUACACUGUUGCUACUGUUUAUUAUUUAUGCAUAGUCACUUUAACUCUACCCACAUGUACAACACUUUUUAUUUAACUUUUUUCUUUUUAAAAAACUGCAUUGUUUGUUAAGGGCUUGUAAGUAAGCAUUUCACUAAUGUCUACACCUGUUGUAUUCGGCGCAUGUGGCAAAUAAAAUUUGAUUUAUAUAAAUUUUUUGGACACAGUCAAUUUUACAAUAAUUCUAAUGUUUGUUUUUACUCCUGAAUUUCCUCUACCAUCAACCUCUCCGAUCAUUUUCAUGAUGUCCAUCCGGUUUGCUUCUAUAUGCCAUGUCUUUCUAACUGUGCUUUUUCACAAAAGCUCUCAACCUAUAACCUAUAUACUUAUUAUGGACACAGUAUGCUUUACAUUAUUAGUUAUCUUGUUGUUAUUAGUCCCAUCCUUCAACUUCAUUCAACACCACCCAUCUAUCGCUUAACACCAUCCAUAUUGGAUUUCUAUUUGCCAUAUAUUUUUCAACUGUACUGUGAUGUUUUACAAAAGUUCUGAACCUUUUCUAUUCUCAUUGUUUCUACAGAUUGAAAAUAAACAUUUUUGCUAAAAGUAUUAUUAUAUUAUUGAUCAAUUGACUAUAACUUUUCAGAUCACCCGGUAGUGCUAUCUGCAGGUUUAGCUCCAGGUAAGUAUUGCAAUCCUUUAGCCAUUCCUGGACCUGUGUCCAAAACAAGCUACAAAUAAUUUAAAUAAUAAACUUCUAAGUUUUGAAUCCGGCGUCGUUUUGCGUAUCAAUUAAUAAACACUAUGCCAUGGAAUCGGUACGUCAAAAAUCUCUUCCCAACUAUUUUGCAAUCUAUAUGGGACGGCUGUCAAUCCUUUGGUCCUUAAAUGAAACGGGUAUACUUUUUAUUUAUCACAAUUUUCUUUAACCAAUUAUGUUCUUUAAUGCAGGGCCGACAGACAAGUUCCUUACUUUUUCCCCCUUCCACUUUCCUCUUCCAUUUUUGCGGUAAUGCUGCAAUUUAUUUGGUUGUAAUUUUGGGUAGAGCAGACAUUUCCAUAUGUUUUUGUUAGCUGCAUGUGCGACAACUCCACCAGUCCUACCUAUGAUAUCAUUUACGGAGAUUAUACCUUUUUUAAACAUUUUGUCAAAACAAAAAUGGUUUAUCAAUUAGUAUAUUUGAGUUUAACUACAAUAUUUGUUCUGUUGUUUCUGGAUGAUUAAAUUGAAAUUGCAACCAACUUUCUAUGGCUUGUUUUAGAAAUAGUGAUAUUUGGGAGAUUAUUUCCUUUUCAAAUAACUGAAAAUGAGAGGUUGUAAUCUGAAUAAAGGGAAAAAGGCCAUUCUUGAACAUGGGGUGAGACAAUUUUACUAAUUUACUAGAGAACCAGUUCGGAUUUAAGUAGAACUUUUGUAUGACUGAAGCUUUUAGUGAUAGGUCUAAUGGUUUAAUUUUUAAUAAUUUCUGUCCUCCGAAUUCAUAUUCAUUAUCUAAAUAGGCUCGUUUAAAUUUUGUCUGGCUUGCCGUUCCAAAUAAAAUGGAAUAUGUUUUUUACUCAUAAUUUAAGAAACUGUUUGCUAGGCGUAGGUAAGACUAUAAGCAAAUAGGUAAACUGGGAUAAUACUAAAGAGUUAAUCAGGGUGAUUUUUCCACAAAUUGACAGGGAUUUACCUUUCCAUUGUAGCAAGAUCUUAUCUAUUUUUGCUAACUUACUAUUAAAAUGUAUUGGAGUGAGAUCAUUUGGGAUAUGUAUUCCGAGUAUAUCCACAUCACCAUCAGACCGUUUUAUUGGUAAACUACAUGGUAAUCUAAAAACAUUAUUUUUUUAGUGAUCCAAUACGUAAUAUAGUACAUUUAUCAUAAUUUGGUUGUAAUCCAGAGGUUAUAAAAUGUAUCUAGAUCCUCUGAGGCUGUGGAGGGAUUCAAGUUGUGGAUUUAAAAGAACAUGAAUCAUCAGCGUACAAUGACACCUUUUUUUUUAAGCCCUGGAUUUCUAAUCCCUUGAUAUUAUUGUUGGAUCUGAUUUUAAUAGCUAACAUCUCGAUGGCCGUAAUAAAUAGUUAUGCCGAUAGUGGACAACCUUGUUUCACUCAUCUUGACAGUUUAAAACUUUCUGAGAAAUAGCCAUUAUUUACUAUUUUAUACCUAGGGUUACUAUACAUGAUUUUAACCCAUUUUAUAAGAGAUUCUCCAAAAUUUUAAAUGCUCAAGGCAUUUAUAUAUGUAUGUGUGUGUGUGUGUGUGUGUGUAUGAUAUAUACAGUGGGGAGAACAAGUAUUUGAUACACUGCCGAUUUUGUAGGUUUUCCUACUUACAAUGCAUGUAGAGGUCUGUAAUUUUUAUCAUAGGUACACUUCAACUGUGAGAGACGGAAUCUAAAACAAAAAUCCAGAAAAUCACAUUUGUAUGAUUUUUAAGUAAUUAAUUUGCAUUUUAUUGCAUGACAUAAGUAUUUGAUCACCUACCAACCAGUAAGAAUUCCAGCUCUCACAGACCUGUUAGUUUUUCUUUAAGAAGCCCUCCUGUUCUCCACUCAUUACCUGUAUUAACUGCACCUGUUUGAACUCGUUACCUGAAUAAAAGACACCUGUCCACACACUCAAUCAAACAGAUUCCAACCUCUCCACAAUGGCCAAGACCAGAGAGCUGUGUAAGGACAUCAGGCAUACAAUUGUAGACCUGCACAAGGCUGGGAUGGGCUACAGGACAAUAGGCAAGCAGCUUGGUGAGAAGGCAACAACUGUUGGCGCAAUUAUUAGAAAAUGGAAGAAGUUCAAGAUGACGGUCAAUCACCCUCGUAUGGGGCUCCAUGCAAGAUCUCACCUCGUGGGGCAUCAAUGAUCAUGAGGAAGGUGAGGGAUCAGCCCAGAACUACACGGCAGGACCUGGUCAAUGACCUGAAGAGAGCUGGGACCACAGUCUCAAAGAAAACCAUUAGUAACACACUACGCCGUCAUGGAUUAAAAUCCUGCAGCGCACGCAAGGUCCCCCUGCUCAAGCCAGCGCAUGUCCAGGUCCGUCUGAAGUUUGCCGAUUUACCAUCUGGAUGAUCCAGAGGAGGAAUGAGAGAAGGUCAUGUGGUCUGAUGAGACAAAAAUAUAGCUUUUUGGUCUAAACUCCACUUGCCGUGUUUGGAGGAAGAAGAAGGAUGAGUACAACCCCAAGAACACCAUCCCAACUGUGAAGCAUGAAGGUGGAAACAUCAUUCUUUGGGGAUGCUUUUCUGCAAUACUGCACCGUAUUGAGGGGAGGAUGGAUGGGGCUUUCAAGCAAGCUAGCUAACUAUUUUCGAAUUAGGCAUUUCUUUCAUAACCCAUCUAGCUAAGGUUGCAAGUUAGCUUUAUCUAGCCUACAUUAUACUUUUUGCCACCUUGGUUGAGCUGUAAUGCUAGUUAGCUAUGCAGUACCAACCUGCCUAGCUGCCCAUCCAAACAGCUAGCUAGCUAAAUAGCUAUUUCUAGUACAGAAAAUACAUUCUUCAAGUCAAAGUUGGAUAUUAGUAGUGCUGCGGUAAAGGAUAUAUUAAUACAGGCAGUUAAGAUGGCAUGAUUUAAACAAAAAAAUAUAGCAUGUUCAUUUCAAGAAAAACAUGUAAGUGGGUUUUCCAAUGUUCUGACGCGUUCUCUACCCUGCGUGGUCGUUGCUAAACAAUGGGCCUCACGUCAUUGGUGACACAAACCUGUCUUCCUCUAUUCUGAAGAAAAUUUGCGGUGGAACACGCACCUGAAUACACGCAUGACUCUAUUUUAUGUGCACCAAAAUUACUAUAUUAUUCUCUGAAGUGCCUCGUGAAAACAGUGUAAGGUUAUAUUUCAUAACUUUGCUAGUCAUAUUGGCAAUAGAAUUUUUAAUUAUGCCCACCUAACCCAGAUUGCGAUUUAUAAUAGACUGUUUUUGGAUUGCUUAAACAACAAUAGUAAUUGUGUGAUGGUGGGGAUGCAGGGCUGUGUUCCAAACAAAGUGUGCUUGAAUCAGAUCCUCAACGGCACAGCUAGGAGAGCUCAUAAAAGCACCUAAUAGUUGAAGACUCUUUUCUUGUAUUAAAAUUACUUAAACUAUGCACACUUUGGAGAGGUGUGUGUUUGUGGCCACUUGGGGACACCAGUUAGACUUCUCACUCAAACCCUUGUGAUAUUUUGUCUUAUGUUGUACCUACCCCAAAUGUUCCUCAUAAUAAUAAUAAUAAUAAUAAUAAUAAUAAUAAUAAUAAUAAUGUAUUAUUCUGAAUGUAUUAGAGUAUUUUCAUAUUUCGUUAUCGACAAAUGCUGCAAAAAGUACAGAAAAUGUAAAAUGCACAUAAAAUCAACAGUGUAAUGGUUGGAUUCAGUCUUGUCAGGUGAACUGUUUCCUCACCUUUGGUCUAAUACUUUACCCAUAAUCUCCAAAGUGUUCCAAUUGCUAACAUGGUUUUGCAUAUGCUUCUCAUAUUUCUCCUGUUAGAAACAUUUCAAUUUGGUCCUAUCCAUAUAGGCCAAUUUCCCUGCGUGUAAAGGGUUAAUGGUGAAGUCAUAAGGGAAGAGAGAAGGCGCAUAAUGGAUAUAUUGUAGGCUAUGUGUUCUUAUUGGGGAGCACUACCUAGAAUUACUGAAUUCAGCUUUUAGAAUGGAGGAGGGAACUAAGCAAGGCUUUGAAGGCUACAAUUCCCCAAAUAUUUCAAGCAGCAUUGGUAUUUGCUUUACAUCUGGAAAAACCAAGUAAACAAACAAAGUCGGUGGUGGGCGCAUUAUGCAUGCUUGUUCAUUAGAUGGUAGAGAAGUUUAUGGGUGAGUCUGAGCAUGUCUUGGUAGAAUGGCCUGUGGAUUGCGUCAGAGUAGUACUUAACAGACUCCCGAGUGGCGCAGUGGUCUAAGGCACUGCAUCGCAGUGCUAGCUGUGCCACUAGAGAUCCUGGUUCGAAUCCAGGCUCUGUCGUAGCCGGCCGCGACCGGGAGACCCAUGGGGCGGCGCACAAUUGGCCCAGCGUCGUCCAGGGUAGGGGAUGGGAUGUAGCUCAGUUGGUAGAGCAUGGCGUUUGCAUCGCCAGGGUUGUGGGUUCGAUUCCCACGGGGGGCCAGUAUGAUUAAACAUUUAAAAAAUAUUACAAAAUAAUGUAUGCACUCACUAACUGUAAGUCGCUCUGGAUAAGAGCGUCUGCUAAAUGACUAAAAUGUAAAUGUUAACAGAGCAUUAACCGGUGUAGCUCAACCACCUCAGGCCAGGGAGUGGCAGACAGACAGGCACACAGCAUGAAUUUCCUCAUACAGUUCCUUGCCAUUACAAUACUUAUUAACUAUGUGUUGUGGUCAUAGUCAACAAAGAGACUGUGAGUCGUUUUUAUACUUGUUAAAAUGAUUUACUUCUUCCUGGUCCUUUCUCCUGCACUCAUAUCAGUCUCUCUUUACCCCUACCUCAACCCUCUGAUCCCUUACCCCAUCUUGGAACAGUAAACAAUUGCUCUCUGUUUAAUGUUUUUGUUUGUCUUUUCAGAACACUGAUAGCUCAUACCAAAUCUCUGGACCGCACUCGACCUGUCACCUUUAUCACAGACAGUAACUUUGCCAGGGACAAAGGGGUGAGACUUCACUGUUUCUCCGUUAUGUUUAUGAAGGAUUCUUUCUUCACAGAACUAUUCCUCGCAUCCUCUCUCACUUCCUUCUCAAAACGCAUUCGAGGAGGGAGAAUUUUGGACCUUCUCCUCCAAUGUGCUUUGAGAAGAGAGGAUGCAAGAAAUCGAUGAAAGACUGCUUACCGAGGAGGUUUGACUCUGCAGCCACAGUAACUCUCUGCUGCUGAUAAGUCUGUAAGAUUAAUUUUCUACUCAGACUUACCAGACAGUAGUUGAUCAGUGGUGUCACAUCAGUGGCUAAGCUAAGCACAGCAAUUAUGUCAUUCAAAUUCCAUUCAUUACAAUGGGAAUUCAAUGAAAAAGUAUUAUGUAACACAGACACCAACAUUGUAUCUGUAGUUCUAGCCUUUAGGCCUAUUUCUUCUUCUCACAUUGAAACCUGAUUAUACCCAGGCUCCAUCAACUAUGACAUUUUAAAUGUCAUACAUUAUUUGGAAUUCAAUGCCAUUGAAAAUGUAUUGACCACUGUUUACCCUGUAUUUCUGCUCUCCUCACAUUGAACCCUGUCUCUCCCCAGGCUCCCUAUGUGGAUGUGAUCUGUGUUAACAGUUAUUUCUCCUGGUACCACGACCCAGGUCACCUGGAGGUCAUCCCCUUCCAGCUCAACACCCAGUUUGAGAACUGGUACGGGAAGUACCAGAAACCUAUUAUCCAGAGUGAAUAUGGAGCCGACGUGGUCCCAGGGCUACACACGGUGAGUGUUCCAGAACUACUUUGUUGUUGUAGAACCUCUUCCUUAUGUCCUCACAUGACAGAAACAGACUUAAAAGGACGUAAGGUAUAAGGAAAACAUGUGUGUAUUUGCUGAGAUUUCAUGGCCUCUGAGGCAAACAAUGGUCUGGAUACCAAUUUUUUUAAAUGUGCUUGAACAAUUUGUCAAUCACCUACCCAGGCUAGAACAGGUUGAAACCUAUUAAUUGAAAGCUGAGUGGUUGAGCUUGAAUGAUCAACCCACAUCUCUCUUGUAAAAUAGACUUUAUCUCAAUGAGAAUUACCUGUAGAAAUAAAGGUUAAAUGAAAAGCCACAUUUUUCUGUUCCCAACAGGAUCCUCCCAUGAUGUUUACUGAGGAGUACCAGAAGAUAGUCUUACAGAACUACCAUGAUGUGUUUGACCAGAAGAGGAAGGAGUAUGUCAUUGGAGAGUUAAUCUGGAACUUUGCUGACUUCAUGACAGCACAAAGUAAGGAGGAAUCCAUAAAAAGCAGAAGUACUGGAAUUUAUUGAAAUUGUCAGACCAACCAUUCUUGUUAAAUAACAUUUGAAGCUGGUUGUCAUACCUUUGCUUGUUUAGUUUUGCGUAUAGUGAACAGAAAUUACUAGGUAAGGGAAAAAGGAGCAGUAGCACAAAUGUUUAGUAAUGUGAUGGUGGAGUAAUAGAAUGUUGAAAGUAGGCCAGUGCUUGAAAAGCUGCUGGUAUUUAUGUGAAAUGUAUUUAAAGCUCCCAGUGUUGGGUAAGUUCAGAGUCAGCAGGAGUGGGCGUGGCACACCAGGAGGGUUCAUUCUUACGCUUAGACAGGCCAUUCCCACCAUGUUGGCAUUUAUUGGGAUGACUCAUGUACUGGAGGCAGCUCUGCAGAGUGGUCACUAGCUGACACAGCCACAAAGUCAUCAAAUCUGAUUUUAAACCUAACCCUAACUUUAAGGACACGGCUAACCUUAAUGCCUAGCCCUAAACUUAAAUGAAGACCAAAAAGCUCAUUUUCUGUUUUCAUGAAUUUUUACUGUAUAGCCAAUUUUGACUUUGCAGCUGGCCCAUCUAGCAGAAACCAAUCAGUUAUGCUUCCAGGGCAAGACUCAUGACAAUAAACAUCAACCUGCCACUACCCCAGCGCCAAGUCAGACCAGCAUUCCAGAACACCAUGGUGACACUGCUGGUCUUAAACGUAUUACCCACCCACUCCUCACUUUACAUGCUGGUCUGGCCCCUAUGUGUAUACAGGGGAGUGUACAUACAGUGAGGGGAAAAAAGUAUUUGAUCCCCUGCUGAUUUUGUACGUUUGCCCACUGACAAAGACAUGAUCAGUCUAUAAUUUUAAUGGUAGGUUUAUUUGAACAGUGAGAGACAGAAUAACAACAAAGAAAUCCAGAAAAACGCAUGUCAAAAAUGUUAUAAAUUGAUUUGCAUUUUAAUUAGGGAAAUAAGCAGGGGAUCAAAUACUUUUUUCCCUCACUGUAAUGUACUGUUUGAAGCAAGACCUUAUCAGAUUGUCCUGUGUAGACAAUCUGCAAGAGAAAGCAGAAGCUGUCUGGUCCUUUUCCACCUAAUACAACAAUAGUGUUGAAAUUGAUAGGGUUGAAUUUGGCGAAAGUCAGGUACAGAUCUAUAGGCUUUAUCUAUACUUUUAGACGGCUGAAACAAGCAUACACAUUUUGUUCAGGAAAUUAACCUUUUCUACUUUCUAUCUUCCUCUCUCUGCAGCGGUGACCCGUGUUGUGGGCAACAAGAAGGGCAUCUUCAGUCGGCAGAGGCAGCCCAAAGCUGGCGCCUUCCUCCUGAGGGAGAGGUACUGGAGGCUGGCCAAUGAGACGGGCCUGCUGCCCAUCAGGGCUAGGUACCCCUGAUACACCUGGAUGGGGGGGACACAGCACCUGGGUUGUAUUCAUUAGCGCACAAUCCCUCACAUCGUAACGAAACAUUUUAGCUAUUGGACAAGUCCAGGUAGUCCUUCUCUGUUUGUCUGUUUUGUUCCGUUUGGUGCC